CACGCUAUUUAUUGAAGGUGCAGAUGCUGUUACUCAUGGCAGAGUGAACUGAGCAUCAAUCAGAAAAAGUUUUCAGACCACAAGCCCAAGGGAGCCAGGAUGGGCACUGCUGGAAAAGUUAUUAAGUGCAAAGCAGCUGUACUAUGGGGAAUAAACCAGGCUUUCUCCAUCGAGGACAUAGAAGUGGCCCCGCCAAAGGCGAAGGAAGUUCGUGUUAAGAUUUUGGCCACAGGAAUCUGUCGCACAGAUGACCAUGUGAUAAAAGGAGCGAUAGUAUCUAAGUUUCCAGUGAUUGUGGGACAUGAAGCAGUUGGGGUUGUAGAGAGUGUUGGAGAAGGGGUCACUACAGUGAAACCAGGUGACAAGGUCAUCCCCCUCUUUCUACCACAGUGCAGAGAAUGCAGUGCCUGUUGUAACCCAGAGGGCAAUCUCUGCAUUAGGAGCGAUCUGACGGGUCGUGGAGUACUGGCCGAUGGCACAACCAGAUUCACGUGCAAGGGCAAACCGGUCCAGCAUUUCAUGAACACUAGCACCUUCACGGAGUACACGGUACUAGAUGAGUCAUCCGUAGCUAAGAUCGACGGAGCAGCUGCUCCAGAGAAAGCCUGCCUCAUUGGCUGUGGGUUUUCCACGGGCUACGGGGCUGCUGUUAAAACCGCCAAGGUCACCCCUGGCUCCACUUGUGUUGUGUUUGGCCUGGGAGGAGUUGGCCUAUCUGUCAUCAUGGGCUGUAAGGCAGCUGGAGCCUCCAGGAUCAUUGGAAUUGACAUCAACAAGGACAAAUUCCAGAAGGCCCUGGCUGUAGGUGCCACAGAGUGUAUCAGUCCCAAGGACUCCACCAAGCCCAUCAGUGAGGUGCUGUCAGACAUGACUGGGAACACCGUGCAGUACACGUUUGAAGUUAUUGGGCGUCUUGAAACCAUGGUUGAUGCCCUCUCGUCUUGCCAUAUGAACUAUGGGACCAGUGUGGUGGUUGGUGCUCCUCCAUCAGCCAAGAUGCUCACGUACGACCCAAUGCUGCUCUUCACUGGGAGGACGUGGAAGGGCUGUAUCUUUGGAGGUUGGAAGAGCAGAGAUGACGUACCGAAACUGGUGACUGAGCUCCUGGAAGAGAAAUUUGACCUGGACCAGUUGAUCACCCACACCUUGCCCUUUAAAAACAUCAAUGAAGGAUUUGAAUUGCUUUGUUCAGGACAAAGUGGAAUUUAGGAAAAUGAAGCCGUAAAGGACCAUUUUGUGCUCAACAGAAACACCACACCCUAAAGUACUGGACUAAUGGGGCAUCCUAUGAAGCACACAGCCACCCAUUUUGUUCAUGUAGGUCCUGGAAACUGCUUCCCAAAUGGUCUGUUCAGCCCAUAAACCACUGUACAGCUACAGACAACUGCCCAGACUGAGGGCGUUACUGUGGGGAAAUGCCUAAUCCCUACUGGUACUCCACACCCUUCCCUCAGUGUGUUACAUUUACUCUUGCUCAGUUCCAACCCCACACGCUCACACCAGGUUCUAAUCCGUCUACACACCCCUCGCUUCCGGGUUCUACAGCGACCCAGUCUGAGCAUGUGGCUUUGAGCUGGUCGAUGCCUGGGCAUCUGCUUCAUGGGUUUUUUUUUUUCAUUUUGUAUUCUCAUUGCCCACCAACACCUUCGCCAUCGCCACCUCCCAGUGGGCUUCUCUGAGGACAGGUCAGAACCCGACUCUUGGUUAGGUAGCUGUCUACAGCCGUACCUAGCACGGCUGCCAGAGUAAACCAGAGUUCAAGAGAAAGUGGAUGAGUGAGGUGUUUUCCAUGUCUAGUCAAGGUCAGUCACCCUAACUGGGUGAUAAAGGACCAGGGUCCUGUGAUACAAGGACACUGUUGCUACCCCUAGGUCAAAGGGCAAGGGGAGAGAAGAGAAUUGUCAACAACUGGCAAGUGUUAGAGCCAUAAACGAGGGCCACCAACCAGGAGCAGAGGCCAAAGUGGGAGAGAAUCGCCAUGCCGGUCAUUCACCAACAAAAGCCAAGUCUACUCCAUGAAACCUGACUGGGUCUCCUUCAAUGAUGAGAAAUAAGGUUGCGUUUCCAGGCAUUGUUUCUGUAGUUGUCUGCCAGUUGUGAGAGACUCACCACAACCUCUCCUUUCACCCCACAAGAAGUUCAGGCCUUCAGGUCAACGUAACAAAAUGGCCAUUCUCCUCAUGAGCAUAAACACAGUGCAUUUUCCCUCCAGUCUGGUCGGCAGACUCAACACUUGCUAGGGUGAGUUCAGGCUGCCCAGCCUAAAGCAGCGUUGAUCUCUUCAUUACCCUGGGAAGUGUAAGUGAGGAAAACACACAGGCUUGCCCUAAAUUAGUUCACGGCCCCUCCUUUCUCAAGGCAGCUGAACAGACUCACUCUCGGAGCCCAAGAACCCAUGGAGUAAGCGCGACAAGUUGACAAGCUCCGUUCUACAGGGCAAUUAGAGUAAGUGUGAAGUCGGCAGUUCACCUCACUACCUCCCUCCUGGAAUAGUACUGCCAUCAGUGUAAGUCUGGACCUCCUGGAAUAGUACUGCCAUCAGUGUCAGACUAAGUCUGGGGUCUCGAGGAGACAGAUGACAGGGUGAAAGACUCCGUUUUCUCACCCAGGACACACGCGCGCUAUGGAAGGAGCCCUCCUGGGACCCUUACCCAGCAGGCACUGGUUUCACAUCAUCUCAGGCCACACCGCUCUCCACUGUAUAGCAUCAUUCUGUUUCUUCAACUAGCACCCAGUUUCUUUCUCUGAAAAGUGGAGAUGAGCAAUCUUGUUGGAGCCUACCAUACUGUCUGCGUGUGUGUGUGUGUGUGUGUGUGUUACACACCCGUGUACACAUGUGGUCUCCAGAGGAGGAUGUUAGACACUCCCCCUAUCAUUCAUCAACUUAGUUUUUGAAGCAGGAUCUCUCACUAACCCUGAAGGUGGCCGUUUUGUCUAGGCUGGAUGGCCUGCAGGCUCCUACGAUUUGAUUUCUUUCUACUCUCAGUGCCGGGGUUAUAGGCAGACGCGGCCACAUGUGGCUUUUAGGUGUUUUCACAGCAAGCACCCCUAUCUACGGAAACCUCCUCAGCCCCGGAACUUGACAUAUUUUUAUGGCAAUCGCUUUGAGCGAUAGUUUUUAGGUAAGUAUUUUAUACGAUACCUGUCAGGCUAUGUUCAAUUUUCAAAUGUUUAUAGCUAGUAUAGGCUCCCUGUCAGUUAACAUUGACCUUGAGGUCUAUUUUGGAUCUAGGACUUGCUGUUUUUUUCUCUUGAACCCAUAUCUGUGUCUUAGAGAAAGCCAAGAACAAAGUGAUUUUUAUCACUAACUGUUAAUUCUCAAAGUACAGGGAAGCCUGUGAAUGAUUAGCUCAGCUUUCAGCUAACAAAGACUUAAAGAUGCCAAUCAUGGCGACAUAUUUUGUUCUAUUUCAGGGAGUAUUCCCAAACUGAGGAUUUGUGCCUCAGUUAGGAACCCUUUGCGGGGAAAGCACGAGUUCUCCCCGGGGGAACGGAGUGGAUGUAGGGUUUCAGAUACCCUUGCCAGCCUUCUUAUGCUUUUCUGGAACAAAGUCACACUUCAGUAAAGGCGUGGUGAAAGGAAUAUUAAAAGCAGCACAGUGUUCUCAGUUAACUCGGACUCGCCGUGGGAAAGCAAAGGAGGCUUUGCUUUGGUCACAGUGGAGGGAAACUGUUGGCCUGUCUUGGCUCUUUGACCGCAGUUACUUAACCACACAGCAAAGGGACUGCAGUAGAAUUCUGCAGGGGGUGUUUCCUUAGGGCUUUGCACAAGGCAAGCGAACUUGCCGUCUUCUACCAGACGGAAUGUGGGUUUGGCUAAGAAAGGAGACAUUUCUUAUGACCAGAAGUUGGGAUCUACGAAGGCAACGCCGUUUCUGAAAGGACAGUGACAUGCGCCAUGUGCUGUCGGCAGGCCAUUGGGGCAAUGGCUUCCUUCUUCUGUGAACCCCAAAUGUCCCCUGGUGCCUCAUUGUAGCAUCCGGGAGAGAGGUGACGGCUGCAAACUCAGUGCUCACGCUCAGUGCUCACGCUCAGUGCUCAUGCUCAGUGCUCACGCUCAGUGCUCACACUCAGUGCUCAGUAUUCAGUGCGCAGUCUCAGUGCUGCUCAUCCUCCAUCUGAAGAGGGGGGAUUUGGAGUGGGGCUCUUUAGGGAUUCCCGGGACUGCUGCAGGGUAGAGUGAAGUUAGCGCUCAGUGAGGGAGCACUGGAAAUGAGUCUACUUCUGGUUGAUGCUGGCUGCUCCACCCACAGUCUGUCCAGUUGUCGCAUAUACACAACUCAACUCAAGCCACGCUACAAAUGUCCCAGAGCACCUUGUUCUUGUUAUCGCUUCACUUUGCUUUGUUUCUGUUCGUUGUGUUGUUGUUGAUGUCUGCUUGCUUUUUGUUGUUGUUGUUUUUGUUUUUUGUUUGUUUGUUUGUUUUUUGUGGUUCUGACUAGCCUCGAACUUGCUAUGUAGCUCAGACUGGCUUCAAAUUCGUAGCAAUCCUCCUGCCUCAGCCUCCCUGCUAUUGUGAUUAUAGAUGUGUAUCUCUAUGGCUUGUACUAUGAUAGUCCAUGGAGUACCCACAUCCCAAGGAGGCCCUUUGGGAAGGAUAAAUGUCUCAAUAUGUCUUACUUCUGUCUGUAAAAAACUUGCUGUGUUCAGAAUUCAUGUUCUGCCUUAAAAUUCAUAUGUUGAAACUUUAAUCCUCAAAGUAAUACUGUCUUAGGGAGAUGAUUGGUCCAUGAAGAUGGGCACUUGCAAACUGGUUUAGUGGCAUUAUGAAGAAACCUGAGGAACCCGCUUACCUCUCCCAUCAUGUAAAAAUGCCUGUGUACAACUAGGAAGAGACUUGCACUGGACACUGUUUGCAUUUAGAGACCUCAUGAAGAAAAGGGAAGGCCAGACUCGCCAUGCUCUUCCCCUUGGGUGAAUGAAUAUUUACAAUUUCAUGCUCCAUCCCCCUGUUUGGUGAAGCGUGGGGAACAAUAGAGUGGAGGAGAUAACUUGGCUCCUCGUGACACCAGUGAACUCUCACACUGUUUUGUAACGAAGCCAGACAACAGUUCCCUGAGAGGCGAAAGGAUACUUUAGAGCAGUGUGAGAAGGGUGUGACCAGUAGGAGCUCCACGAUGAAGGACACCUCCCUCCCUAGCUAUGAGCUUUCAGAUCCCUGGGGCUCUCACAAUAGCACCUCUGAUUUUGGCAAAGGCCCAGUUCAGUUUGACAAGAGGGUGAGAUCCGUGAGCCCAACCCUAACGAAGAAAGAGCGUAGGUAAGGAUGGAAUGAAGGCGUGAAAGUGUGUUAUACAAAACAACUCUGUUCACUCAAUUUCUGUGAAAGGGCGAUCCCCACCCCCUGACCCCCAUCACUUGUCACUAACACUCCCACCACCUUCCAGUGCCUUCUCCAUCCCAUCAUGACCACAGGAAACAUCCAGCCAGGCAUGGUAUAAGCCAGGCUGAAAGAGAUUACCCAGAGUCUUUGCUCUGGAACAAAGCACACCAAAUGAAGCUGAAAUCUGCAGUGGAAAGCAAUGACUAACAUAUGGUGAGCAGACGUCAAACUCAUAAAGAAAACAUUUGGGAAUCGUAAGCACAGAGAUAGAAAUGGUCUCCCUUUUAUUCAGAUUCAGCCCCCUUGUUCACAGAUGUGGAAGGUGCAGGGAUAGGUGCGAGACCGCUGGGCUCAAGACAGAGCUAGAGACCACAGCUGCUUCCUAAUUCAGUUUCUUCCGAGUCUUCCCCGGUCACUUCACUUGUCUUGUCCUUGUCAAGCCUUGGAACAGAUGGAGUUGUUCUGAGCUGGUGUAAAAAGGCCAGAGAACAGAGUGUGCUCUGCACCUCCCCAAACAAUUCUGGUCUCUGCUUAGGAGCCCCCUAGAAGUCUCCAUUGGGACCACCCCUCCCAUCCCGAGCUGGACUUCACCCCACUGUGGUCUGCCAAAAUGUUGUGUAAUUUCUGCUAGAGCAUCUCCGGGUCACACAAAUCACAGCUCUUCCCAUAAGUACUCAACAGCCCAGGAAAUAAAUAAACCGAGGAUGCAAGUGGACAUGAAUGCAACGGUGGAAAUGAGCCAAGCCAGCAGAGAAUGAUCAAUAUCACUUCAACAGAGAAGGAAAAAGGCUCUGCAAGGUUGGGAAGCUGAUCAUCAGGUUAGACCCAACCGCCUCUUUCUAGGUCCUAGGUCUCUUGGCCAUGACCCAGGCUCAGCAAUGGGUCUGAUGGCCCUACAUCGGCCUUUGUUUGCAGGCCAAAGGUGACUUUCUCUAUUGUCACUGAGGUUCUUUCUACGCAAAAUAAACAGUCUAGUUUCUGUGA